CUUUUAAACUCAAAAACCAUGUCAUCCAAACAUCUUUUCUUGAUUUUCAUCCUUGUAAUUUGUCAACAAAUAUUGAUCAAAGCCCAACAACCAUACAUUAAGAAGUUGAGCACAAACUGUGGUAUAAGAAAUGCUUCAACUUCUGUUCUUGGCUAUUCAUGUAAUGGUGCUAACAAAACUUGCCAAGCUUAUCUCACUUUUCGAUCCGAACCACCUUACAACACGGUUGCCUCGAUUUCUAGCCUUUUGAAUGCAAACAUAACUCUGCUUUCACAACUCAACUUGGUUUCCGAAAAUGCAACUUUUGGAACAGGUGAAAUGGUACUUGUCCCAACAAAAUGUUCAUGUCUUGGUGAAUUCUAUCAAGCUAAUGCAAGUUAUAUCAUCCAAGCUAGAAACACGCCUUUUUUAAUCGCGAAUAAUACGUUUCAAGGCUUAUCGACUUGUCACGCUAUACAAGUUGAAAGACAUAAUCUUACUGUUGAUAUAUAUCCUGGUCAAAGACUUAUUGUUCCUUUAAGAUGUGCUUGUCCAACUGAAAAACAAGUUGCCAGUGGUAUUAAGUACUUGUUAUCAUAUUUGAUCACUUGGGGACAGACUGUUUCGGGCAUAAGUGCAAAAUUUGGAGUAGAUACAGGACUAACUCUUGAAGCUAAUCAGCUUUCAGAACAAGAUUAUAACAUUUACCCUUUUACAACACUUUUAGUCCCUCUGUCUAGCCAACCUUUAAAGUCGCAAACUUUAUCUCCCCCAACGCCACCAGCAACGUCGCCGCCACCGUCACCACCUCCUCCUAGUAUAUCCGCUAGUGAUCAUAAAUGGGUAUAUAUGCUUGUUGGAGUCCUUGGUGGGGUUAGUUUCACAAUUUUCAUUGGGUUUGUUGCUUUUUGGUUUUGUUACUUAAAGAGAAAGCAAAUUAGUCCACCUAUGAUUUCUUCUGCCUCUCAAAGCUUUGAAGCAAUUGAGAAACCAGGAGAUAAGAAGUUGGAUAUUGACGAAGACUCAGAUUUUAUGGAGAGUUUAAAUAGCAUAGCUCAAUCUUUAAAAGUUUACAAAUUUGAAGAACUUAAGUCAGCUACACAAGAUUUUAGUCCUAGUUGUUUGAUUGAGGGCUCUGUUUAUCGAGGUACGAUUAAAGGAGACCUUGCAGCCAUCAAGAAAAUGCAUGGAGAUGUGUCGAAAGAGAUCACAUUGCUUAAUACUAUCCACCAUCAUAAUAUCAUCCGGCUAUCAGGCGUUUGUUAUCAUGAUGGCCAUUGGUACCUUGUUUAUGAGUAUGCCGAAAAUGGACCCUUAAGUGAUUGGAUCGGUUAUAAUGGAUUAAGCGUCAACAAAUCGUUGACCUGGAUGCAGAGAGUUCAAAUCGUUUUAGAUGUAGCAAAUGGGCUUGAUUAUCUGCACAGCUAUACUACCCCUGCAUAUGUAUACAAAAAUAUGAAGAGUGACAAUAUCCUUCUUGAUAGUGAUUUCAGAGCCAAGAUUACAAAUUUUGAUUUGGCAAGGUCUGCUGAGGGACAAAAUGGUCAAUAUGCACUGACUCGACACAUUGUUGGUACUAGAGGUUACAUGUCACCUGAGUAUUUGGAAAACGGUUUGAUUUCCACAAAGCUUGAUGUUUACGGGUUUGGAGUUCUGAUGCUUGAAUUAGUAACAGGAAAACAUGUUUCUGAUCUCUAUGAGAAGGUAAAUAAGGACUUAUCCGAGGUUUUGAAUGAGUUUCUUGAUGAAGAAAAUGUACAGGGAAAUGAAAAGUUGACCGAUUUCACUGACCCAAGUCUCCAAGGGAAUUAUCCUUCGGAACUAGCCAUAUCUGUGGUCAGACUGAUAUAUGGCUGCCUAGAUAAAGAUCCAUCCACUCGACCGGAUAUGAAUGAGGUUUCACAAUGUCUUUCAAGAAUUCUGACCGCUUCACAGACUCGACAAGCAUCCAUAACCAUUUCGGUUCAAGAUGAUUUUGUAAAAUGAUUCAUUGUGUAUAUUAUUAUAUGACUAUAUGAGUAAGAUCACUAUGAUCCAUUUAUAUGGUGUAAAUCUGCAAGAUUGCUCGUGUCAA